AGGGGACAAGUGGCUCCAUCUGUUGAGAGGCGUGAGAGAGCCGCCAUCACCAGCGGUCGUCUGCACACCAGCUGGGUUUUCCUCCGGAGAAACAUUCAUUUAGCGCCAUGUUGCGAACGUCAGCUGCCCUGAGGGCGGCCCUGCCCAAGCUGACGCCCAGGAGCCUCUCCAGGAAGACUUCCCAGCGGAGUAUGUCAGCGGCGAUGCCCUCUACGGUGAGGAAAGUGAGGGGCAUCCGAGUUCUGGAGGAACAUAGACAAGCAAAAACGCCCAUAGCAGUGGUGUCGCCUUAUCAACGAGGGUAUGCGUCAAGUAGUGACCUUCCUCCUCACAUCAAGGUCAACCUUCCAGCUCUCUCCCCUACCAUGGAAAUGGGGACCAUAAUUUCAUGGGAGAAGAAAGAAGGUGAUGUUCUCAACGAAGGAGACCUGCUGGCCGAGAUCGAGACGGAUAAGGCAACCAUGGGGAUGGAGACCCCCGAGGAGGGCUACCUGGCCAAGAUUGUAGUUCCCGGAGGUGAAAAGGAUGUGCCGCUAGGAAAGCUUCUGUGCAUCAUUGUAAGUGAUGAGAAGGAUGUUGCUGCCUUUAAGGAUUACCAACCUACUGAGGAGGAGUCUUCUGCUGCAGCAGCAGCAGCACCUCGACCCCCACCACCACCUGCAGCUGCCCCACCACCACCACCGCCAGUCCUACCACCUACCCAAGCUGCUGCUCCUGCUCCUCCUGCCCCAACUGCUGCAGCUGCUGCUCCAGGAAGUUUUGUUUUUGCAUCUCCCUAUGCUAAGAAGCUAUCUAAUGAACAAAAUAUUGAUCUCUCGGCAAUAGCUCAAGUUUCUGGCAUAGGUCACAGUGCUACCGAUUGGCUCAGAGGCUCGGAUGUUCAAAAAUUUGCUUCACAAGUUGCUGCUGGACCACAGGUUUCGGCUCCUGGUCCGACGCCUGUACCGGGCGCUACGUACACAGACUUGCCCAUUUCCAAUAUCCGUAAUGUUAUAGCAAAGAGGCUGUGCUUGUCAAAGCAGAGUAUCCCGCAUUACUACCUUAGUAUAGACGUGUGCAUGGAUGAGGUGUCACAGCUGCGGCAAGAAUUUAAUGAACUCUUGGCAAAAGAGGGUAUUAAAAUUUCCUUUAACGAUUUCAUCAUCAAGGCAUCUGCGCUGGCAUGCAAGAAGAUUCCAGAGGCAAACUCCUCAUGGCUAGACACCGUAAUCAGGCACUAUAACAGUGUAGAUGUGAGCGUAGCAGUAAGUACAGACCGUGGCCUCAUCACUCCCAUAGUGUUUAAAGCCGAACAAAAAGGUCUGGCUGCAAUUGCCACAGAUGUGAAGGCUCUCGCGGCAAAGGCUCGGGAAGGUAAACUGCAGCCACACGAGUUCCAGGGUGGCACAUUCUCCGUCUCCAAUUUGGGCAUGUUUGGUGUGAAGAACUUCAGUGCAAUUAUUAACCCUCCUCAAUCGUGUAUCCUGGCAGUUGGAGCCACUGAAAAGAGGCUUGUUGUUGAUGAAGCAUGUGAGCAAGGAUUCCGUGCUGCUCAGAUCAUGUCCGUGACCCUAAGUUGUGACCAUCGUACAGUAGAUGGUGCAGUUGGUGCUCAGUGGUUGGCAGCAUUCAAGAAAUAUCUAGAAAAGCCAUCAACUAUGAUACUGUAAAGUAAUAUAUUGUCUUGGGAGUUAGAAUAGUAUUUAUUUUUUAAACAUGACAAGGUAGAAGAGGUGACACCUUAUAGUUGUAUAUGCAGUAUACUGCAUGUCCCUGCAGGGGCUUCUAUAGCUCUGCAUUACCGUUGGUGAUGCGUGGGGUUUGGUGUGUACACGACACUCGUUCAUAUACCCGUGGUGGUGUUGUACAUUAAAAGGUCAGUUAGGAAGUUUUUGGAAAAGUGAAUAUUUGAAGAUUGACCAAAUGUAAAUAUAAAUGUUAAUUACUCCUUCACAUGGUUAACUGUUUAUUAAAUUAAUCACUUAUUUUAUCAAUGGUAAAUAUUUUGUAUAAAUAAUUGAAUAUGGUAUAUAAAAGUUAAAUGUAGAGCACUUUUAUUUAUCCAAAAAUGUUGUCAGAUUUCCUUUACGUGUAUUUGCAGAGCACAGCAUAAAAGUGAUCGGAGCCCAAUUAGACUGAUGUUCAGGUGACCUGUAGUAUGGACAAGUUGUAAAACAAUUGAUAGGUACCCUUAAGAGAAACUUGUAAUGUGCACAUUGUACAAGAAAAGAUGUAAAUAAUACCAUUAUACAAUAUACUUCAAAUGGCUGGUGUAUAUUAACUAACAAACUAAGUACAUAGUUGUUUGAAAGGCUGUGAAUUUGCAGCGUGACUUUGUAUUGUGGUUAGUUUGUAAGCUAAUUAAUAACUGAAUUUAAGUUACAUUCUCACAAUAUACUUGACCAUUGUCACUACGUGAGAGUUUACAGUCAAUGUCAUCAUCACGUGAGGCAUUGGAAAUUUGCAGGACUUGUCUACCUAUCUGUAUUGAAUGAACCUUUUCAUGUAUAUUAUGGUGGUUCUUCAGUGUUACGUUGAAUUUUGUAUACUUGUUGACAUAUGCUUGUGAAGUUAUGGAGCAUUAAGACUAGGUGGUGUAUAGUACUGUGUCAGGGGUCAUUUACAUCAUUCAGAAGAAGCAAGUUUGGCUUUACUUCAUUGGUGGCUGCCACUUUGUUCAUUUGCAUUUUUUGGUGAAGUAUUGUACAUUGUUUAAUAGUUUUUCUGCAGGACAAGUUUCACUUUCAAUCUUUGUGACAUAUACUGUGUAAAUAGAAGCAAAAUUAGUGUUUGUAUCUACAGUAGAUAUAUACACGAGAUAUAAUGGGGAAACUUAGUUGAAAGUAUUGAACUUUAAGUGAAGUGUAGGGCCAGCUUGGGCUUUGGGAGUAGAAGCACUCCGAAUUCUGUUGAGGUACAGGCCAGGUACCCAGAACGUAAUAUUUACCAUUUGUUCUCAUGAUUAAAAAAGACACAAGUGGUCACAAUUCCCAGGCUUUCGUGUGGUAUUUAAGAUGAGGAUGUCUGGAAAGGAAAAUGUAAGAUAUUGUAUAUAAAAAUAUAAUGUGCACAAAAAAAAUGAAGUGUGCAUGCUA